UUUUUUUGGAAAGCAGCUUAAUGUUCAAAAACUGAUUGCAGAGUCUUGUUUUCAGCCAUGAUGAUUACAGCCCCUUUUUGGUGUAAGUGGUCCCCCUUACUGCAUUAGUUUUCUGUAGUUUUAUGUCCUGGAUCUGUAUUUGAGAUUCUGAAUUGCACCCAAAGCUGUAGCAAAUGCUGUAAAAGCAGUGCAGGAUAAGCAGGGGAGUAGGACAAUAACUGCGCAAUGCUGUUGAAAUAAAAGAUUCAUAAGUAACAAAACAGGGUUAGCUUAUUGUAUUUUCUCUUCCUCUUUCUUGCAUUCCUAUUUGACCCUCUUCUGCUUUUGCUUCAGUGCAUUGCUUUGUACUAGUAGGAACUUCACAUGCCAGUUGUAAAUCUUAUGGCUUAUGCUUUUUUUUUCUCUCUACCUGUCUUUGGGAUGACUUUGCCUAAUGGCAACAGGACCAAAGUCAUAACUGCAAUGGAUGUGAGCGCUCUAUGUUUUUGAGUCUAUAUAUACGGAUGUACUUAAAAAUUCACUAAAUUUUUUUUAUCCUUGUUCCAGAUGGAAGAAUUCAUGCUUACUGGUUUGCAUAAAAUAGCAGAGGCUAAAUAGGCAUGAAGGAGACUGUAGUGGGGAUGAGAAGUAUCAAAAGAGAAGAAAUGAAUCCUACAAAUGAUGAUCCAGUGUUUGGGACCGUUUUUGACUGGGACUAUCUCUUAUGGGAAAUUCGUUUGACAUUUUUAGCUGCUGGUUUUCUAAUCUACUUGGGAGUAUUUCUUCUGUCUCACUGGUUGUCUUCUUGGAGAAGUACCACUUACCGUGCCUUGUAUGCAAAGGAGAAAGUGUUUUGGAAUAUGGCAGUCACACGUGGUGUCUUUGGACUUCAGAGUUGUGUUGCUGGGUUAUGGGCUUUGCUCAUAGAUCCCGUUUUUCAUGCUGACAAAGUCUAUUCACAGCAAAAGUGGAGUUGGUUUAACUGUUUAAUAGCAGCAGGAUUUUUCUUGCUUGAAAAUGUAGCAGUUCAUGUGUCCAACAUUAUUUUUAGAACAUUUGAUAUUUUCUUAGUAGUUCAUCAUUUGCUUGCUUUUGGUGGCUUGGCUGGUUUAGUAAUUAAUGUGAAAUCUGGACAUUAUCUGCCUUUGAUGGGAAUGUUGCUGGAGAUGAGUACUCCCUCAACAUGCAUUUCCUGGAUGCUUCUGAAGGCGGGCCGUGCUAACACCUUUUUCUGGAAGGCAAACCAGUGGGUGAUGAUCCAUCUGUUUCACUGCCGCAUGAUUCUUACCUACCACAUGUGGUGGGUGUGUCUUUUCAAUUGGAAUUCUAUUAUAGAAAACCUGGGACUUCUUCACUUUAUUGUUUUAUUCUCGGGACUAUUUGCUGUUACACUAAUACUUAACCCAUACUGGACAUACAAAAAAACUCAGCAACUCCUCAGCCCAACUGACUGGAACUUUGAAAAUAAAGCAGUGGAAAAUGGAAAAUUAAAUGGUGAAACACAUGAAAAGAAGAGGCUAUAGCACUGAAACAACAGUUUCCCAGCAGGGUAACAGAAGAAUACAAUGCAAAGUCAUUCUUUGCAUAUGAACUAGAAGAUUUUGCAAGAAACUCAUUGAUGCAGUGACUCCUUGCUGGUAGCACUAUAUGUGCAUCACAAGUGUUGAAAAGCAUUGUUUGGGUUUCUUAUGUGUAUACAUACAAGAACUUCAACCCUUGUUAAGAAUUACACCAACAAUUUGUUGGGUUGGACAGUAUUUCAUAAUUUAGUAGUGAUGUGCUCCCUAAUUGCAUGUUUUUUUUUCCUAAUGCUUCGAAGUGGCUUUACAGUAAGUCAUCUAUUAAGCUUGGCUUGAAUCAAGUUUAACUUGAAUCCUAUUUCACAUAUGGUAGAGAUACUGAAAAUUACGUUAAAUUGUUUAUUAAGAUCAAUUAUGAUCCAAGUUAGGUAUGCAUGGGUACCUAAUUCCUGUGUGCCAGUGAAUCAUUCCAAGUCACAGAACUGGUCAGUGGUAGUCAUGGCCCAGCUUUGGGUUUUGUCAUUGGCUGGUUUGAGGGUUUGGGGUUUUUUGGGUAUUGUUUUUUUUCUUUUUUUCUUUUAAGCGCUCUUAAGGAACAAGGAAAAUAAUUGUUUGAGUGUUUGCUGUCAAAGUUAUAGUUUUCAGUUUGCCCUCAGUAUGAAAGGAGUUUAUAUCCAUCAAAACCAUGCAUGUGGACAUCCACACAUUUGCCAUAUGAGUGGUUUGGUAGGUAAUCAUAGUGACCCCUUCUGGACUUUAAAUCAAUGAAAUACAAGUGGCAACACCAGAAGGUGACUCUGUGUCAUCCUUGAAAAAAAUGCUGCUUGAUUAGUAAAAUUAUUUUGUUUGUAGGUCCUGUCUGAGGGGUCAAGCAAUUAGUUCCACUAGUGCUUCUGUUAUGGUUCCUCUUAUUUUUGGGAAUGCACUUAAUUUUAGAUGGUUUCAGAAUCGGAGGUGACUCCUCUAUGGAGGAAAGCCCCUAUCACCUCCUGGGGGAGUUCAGUUGUUUUAAUAUUUUUAUUUAACUUUAAAGAACAUACCAAGUGACACUAACAAUCCUUUGCACUUUAUCUGCCACAUCACAGAAAUCUUUCCUUGACCUGAGAAACUGGGUUGCUCUUUACAUAGGGACUAAUGGUGAUGGAUGUUCUCCCACUUAAAAUAUUGGUUUGAUGGUUCCUGGGUGAAAUGUUGGGAAGUGGAUGGAAGGAUAAAGAUCAUGAUAGAAGACAGUGACACCUAGUGGCAGGAGAAUGACAGGGGUAUUAGUUUUGGUACACAGAAGAAAUUAGAUUUUAAAAAAUGGUCAAUUGGAGCUCUGUGUGACAUUACUGCUACACAAAUUUAUUUCCCAAAGCAUUAAGACUGGGCAAACCCAUGCUGUGAAGAAUUUUACAUUAAGCCAUGAAUUAGAGACUUUGUGAACUGAUCUCUGGUAGAGCAUAUUGUUUUAAAUGUGUGAAGGAAGCACUCUUUGGUGUAAACAGCCCCAUUUUAUUAAUUUCUGUUGGGAGUGUCUUUGAUUUGUUCUGAGUGAAGGGAGUGCUCAGGUUGCUGUGUUCCCUAAUUCACUCUGUCUGAGCACAGAGUUGCUGUUCUGUGAUGGGGAGGAAACUUCUUACUUUAGGUCACACAUAUAUAGCCAGAUCUUGUUGAUAAUGAUGAAGUGGUGAAUAUCUGAAAUUGCCCAUUCAAAACCAGGCUGAGAGGGUCACAGUAAUUUUACACAGCAAGCCUGUCUGUUACUGUGCUGAUCUUUAAUAGAUAAAAUCUAAAUUUGGAGCUAACUUCUUAUUUCUAAGCUGGGCAGAAUGAAGUUGCAGUGUUGCCUGCCUGGCCACCAUCCUAUAGUAAAAAGGGUUCUCAAAAGUUUGAAAUGGUGUACCUGUCUUGAGGAGUUGUGUAUGGGAGAGUAAUGUUAAAAGUACUUUGGAAGAAACCAGAAGGAUGAAUUCCUUGGCUAUGGAACCAAAUAAUAUGAUCUGAAUCCAUACCUUGCAGAAUCCAAACCUCACUUGCAGGAGAUCCAGGGAGAAAGGCAGAGAAUAAGUCAUCAGGUAUCAGAAUGAUGGUAUACUCUAUACAAGCUUAAAACUUGAAGGUUUGGAUUCAAUAAAACAAGGUAAUAACUGUUAAAAUCCCAGCUACAGAAUUCUGAAGAGUCCUUACAGAAAAUGGAAGCAUCAGAAGAAGUUUGGGAUGUGUGUGUAAUUCUUAUAGCGGCUGGAAUUCUUAUAGAAUGUGAGGUUACUAUGUAGUAAAAUAAAAGAAUAUGGAGGGUGGGGAUUAGUAGUGAAUUGAGACUGAAAAAAGACAAGUGGAAAUUUAUGUCAUAGCACUGGAUGUCUAAAGUUUAAUAUUUUUUAUUAUUAAUGUGUAUAACUUUAUUGAUUGAAUUUUAAAUCUUUCAUUAAAAUUAUGUUUUUAUUAUCAUAAUGCAGUUUUUUUAGUUUGCAUCCUAGUGUGAGUUUUUUCACAAAAAGACUGUUUUGCAUGUCUUAACUAUAUCAUGAAUGAUACUUUAGAGCCCCUAUUAACCUAAACACUGGUAGACCUGCUAGAACAAGAAAGCUAUGCAAUAAAGCAAAUGACAGCACUUAUUUUAUUUCUGUUGGUUUAAGAGUACUUUACAGUCCAGCUAGAAAUACAACACAACAAAAAUACAGACAACCUUUCUUCUUCACCCUUUUCAUGGCCUAGUGUUGGAGUUACCAGUUCUGUUACACAGAGCCUCUUUUUUUAUACUUGAGUAUAAAAGGACCUUUUAUAAGGGCAUGUAGUGAUAGGACAAGGGCAAUGACUUUAAACUAAAGGAGGGGAGAGUUAGAUUAUAUUAGGGAGAAAUUGUUCCUCAUGAGGGUGGUGAGACACUGGAACGGGUUGUCCAGAGAAGCUGUGGAUACCCCAUCCCUGGAAGUGUUCAGGGUGAGGUUGAAUGGGGCUUUGAACAACCUGGUGUAGUGGAAGGUGUCCCUGCCUACAGCAGGAGGGCUGGAACUAGAUAGUCCAUAAGGUCUCUUCCAAUCCCAGACUUCUGAGAUUCUUCAGUGUUUAUUGACUGUUCCCUUUAGGAGGAUUUUCUGGUUUAUUAUUGUGGAAGUCACAUUGCUCUGAAACAAGUCUGAAAAAGUUCUUGAACUGAGGGUUUUGAUACUUAAAACUAAGUGAUCCUUUUCAGCCCAAAGGUAGAGUAGCAAUAUGUGGUUGUAAAUUUUGUUGAAGUGAAAUUAAUCCCAGUCCUGUUGGGCCUUCUUACACAGCUUCAUCCACAAUCCACAAUUUAGAAAAAUUCAGUCAGCUUUGGUAUGGUUGGAUACUCUACAGAGUAUGCUGCUGUAGAUUUGGAAAACUUGCAUAACGUGGUUUUGGGUUAAUUAUUUCUUUGCCAAGGUGACUGCUAGGGACUUGGCUCUGCUUUCUUGUUGAACAAGUGUAUUUGAGGAGUGGUGUUUGUGUCACCUUUCUGAAGCUUUUUUUUUUUUUAAACCCCAAACAACAAAAACCCAAACCAGCAAACUGUGGUGGGGAUAAUGGUGUUCAGUUAUUUUGGUUUGGUUUUUUUGUUUUUUUCAAAGAUGUCUGAUCUGAGACAUCCUUGUCCAGUCAUCUGGUUCUUACAGUCUUCAUACAACAUUCCUAAAUCAGUUUGUGUUUUCCUCCAUUUAUAGCAUAUGUUUUUUUUCCAAAACUUGUCAUAGUUUUCCCCCGUGAACCCACCAUUUUUCAAUUUUUAUUCUUACUUGCAGUACUGGUCAUGAUCUUGGAGUCACAUUACCACUGCAAUAUUUUUGUCUAGUAGUUUUCAGGCUGUCAGGCCCAUCUUCCACUAAAUAUUCAUGUCCAAAUCUUUCAGAGUGUUUUUGUGUUUUCCUGAUAACAUGGAUUAAAUAUUGAUGUGAUAUGCAGUUAUAAGAAAGCUUCUUUAACCUCAGGGAGACUCCCUCUUAAAGUGAACUUAAAAGUGUUAAACAAACUUAAGUCUGCUCUUGUACAAUGUAGCAUUUAUUGAAAAGCAUCUUUACACUGUACAUAAAUAAAAGUAUUUUAUUGUA